AAAAUCAUGUUUAAGAAAAAGAAAAUCCAAAUUUUCUUUCACAAAAAACGGAUUCCUUAUCUUCAAUGCUAAUUCAUUCAUGGAACCAGAAAUUUCAAUGAAAUUGUAGAGAAGAAAACGUUUCGAAUCGUGUUUGAAGUCCCCCUUAUACGAUAACGUGUUCUUCAUCUUUCGAUCGCCUCAUUUUCAGAGCCAUUUCAAAUUUCUUCUUCUCCUUAAGAAUCUCUGUCUUUCAAUGGCGGAAGAUUUCGCUAAAGCCGUCGAUGAUGGGCUCCGGCUCUCCAAGAGACUGUACUUCGGCAAAGACCGAGCCGUCGCGCCUCCUAGGUCGUUCCCUUCGAUGGAUAGGAUGGGCCACUCUUUUCUCCCUGCGGCUCCGAUGGUUUAUGCUGUAAUUCGUGAUCCUGCAAUCGUUGAUAACCCUGAUAUUCCGAGCUACCAGCCCCACGUUCAUGGCCGCUGCGACCCACCGGCUCUGAUUCCGCUUCAGAUGAAUGGAAUUGAACUGCAGGCUGAUUGCUAUAUGGAUACAGCGAUUAUUCAGAUCACUGGGUCUUGGAGGGUUCACUGCGUUAUGGGUAGCCGGAGCUGUGAUUGCCGCAUUGCGAUUCCCAUGGGGGAACAGGGCUCAGUUCUAGGCUGUGAGGUCGAUGAUCCUAGAAAGUCAUAUCGUACUUCGCUUAUUACAGUUGAAGAAAAAACUAAAAAUGGUGCAGAAAAACAAGAACAAUUAGAUGGAGGUUUCUUGACUUCUAAUAUCUUUACCAUCACAAUUCCACAGGUUGAUGGGGGCACCACCUUGUCUAUAUCCAUGACUUGGUCUCAAAAACUACGAUACAGCGCAGGCAAUCUCACCUUGAACGUUCCGUUUACUUUUCCUGAAUAUGUCAUCCCUGCAGGGAAGAAGAUGUCAAAAAAGGAGAAGAUAGCGUUAAAUGUGAAUGUUGGUUGUGCAGCUGAGGUUUUAUGCAAGACGACAAGUCAUCCUUUAAAGGAAUCAAUGAGAAAGCCUGGAAAACUGAGCUUUAUAUACGAAUCGGAAGUUCUUUCAUGGUCGAAAACCAAUCUUAGCUUCUCAUACAGUGUUUCUUCGAGUCAAAUAUUCGGUGGUAUUCUCCUACAGUCUCCUCCCGUGGAUGAUGAUGAUCAAAGAGAGAUGUUCUGCAUGUACUUGUAUCCAGGAAAGGAACAGGGAAAGGUCGCCAGAAAAAAGAUAAUAUUUGUUGUUGAUAUAAGUGAGAGUAUGCAAGGCAAGGCACUAAACGAUGUGAAAAACGUGCUAUCCAUAGCCGUGAGUAAGCUUCCUCCAGAAGACAUGUUUAAUGUUAUUGCUUUCAACUCGGAAGCUUUUCAGUUCUCAGAAUCCAUGGAGUUGGCCACCGAGGAUGCUGUUGAAAGGGCCCUUCAGUGGAUAAAUUUGAACCUUAUUGCUGGGGGUGGCACUGAUAUUCUACUUCCAUUAACAAAGGCCAGUGAGAUGCUGAAUGAUGGGGGUACUGGUGGUUCACUUCCAAUAAUCUUUCUUGUUACUGAUGGCUCCGUCGAAAAUGAGAGACAUAUUUGUGAUGUGAUGCGAAAAAAUCAAACAGAAAAGCAAUCCGUUCAUCCCCGUAUAUAUACUUUUGGUAUAGGUACAUUUUGCAACCACUAUUUUCUAAGGAUGCUUGCAAUGAUUGGCAGGGGCCAAUAUGAUGCUGCUUAUGAUUUAGAUUCGAUCGAACCCCGAAUGCAGAAGUUGUACAAAAGAGCUACAUCCACUAUUUUGGUUAAUAUUGCUGUCAACGCAUUCGAUGAUCUAGAUGAAGUCAAGGUUUAUCCUUCCUCAAUUCCCGACCUUUCUUCCGAGAGUAUAUUGACCGUAUCUGGCCGAUACCGUGGAGAUUUUCCAGAGACUGUUAAGGCAAGAGGCCUCUUGGCCAAUUCGGAUAACACUGUCUUAGACCUGAAGGUACAUCAGGCAAAGGAUAUACCUCUUGAAAAGUUAUUUGCUAAAGAUCAGAUUGAACAACUCACAGCUGAGGCAUGGUCUUCAGAGAAUAAACAACUAGUGGAUAUGAUCAAAAAGAUGAGCACAAAAACGGGUGUACUGAGUGAGUAUACUCAGAUGGUCAUAUUUCAGAGCGUAGACAAAGUCAACGAAUCAAUAAAAGUGCAACAGUCGAAGAAGAACGCUUACGAGAAAAUGGUAGCACCUAAAGGUGACAAAAUGGCAUUGUUACCAUUCUGUGGUGUCGGCUUUGGAAACCUGGAAGCAACUUCUGAUAACACUUCUCUUGGAACCGGUGAAAGAAAGCCCGAGGCAGCGGAAAUAAUUGUCAAAGCAGCUUCUAAUUGUUGUGGCAAUUUGUGUAGUCUCUGCUGUUGUCCCUGCUGCAUCCAAGUCUGCCUCAAAAUCAAUAAUCAAUGCGCGAUCGUGAUGACACAACUCUGCACUGCUUUUGCCUGCUUUGGUUGUUUCGACUGUUGUUUAGAUAUGUGCUGCAACAAUCAGACUGGCUCAUAGGUACCUGAUUCAAAAUUUGUACAAGGUUCGUCAUUCUUAGCUGCAUUAGCAGUGUGUCUUUUACACAGUUCAUUCAAGAGAAUGUAUGUUGUUUAUUACCCAAAGUUCAUAUUAGGAUUAGAACAGCCCAUAUACCUGAAUAUUCUGCUGUAAACCACAUAUGUAAACUAGUUUGUAUACAACAAGUGCUUUCUUUGGUUCUC